AUGUUGCAAACUAGAGUAAUUGGAAACACUAUCGUUUUGUCUGCUAACAAUUCGGUUGCUAUCUCCCCAACUCUCUUCAAAAACCCACUGUUAUUGUACGUGAAUCUUAAAAAAUUCAGGACGACUGAUUACGAAACAGUUGACGUUCCUUUGGAAGAACAAGAUACGGAAGUAUACUUCAAUAAUAACCAUUUGUAUCUCACAAACUUCAUCUUGGAUCAAACUGUUCUUCCCAGUCCUAUCGAUAUCAUCGCUGCGACUGACCUCAAUGUCCAGGUUUAUAUUUCUGGGAAAAAAUUCAAUUUUUCAACCCAGCAGUUAAACCAAGAUUUUAGUUGUAAGAAAUUUUACUCCGAUAUGUAUCAUUCGUUUCGGGGAGUUCGCACCGAAAAAAGCAGGAAGAGAAAGAUGUAUGUCGAGAAUACUGAGAGAAAUUCAUCACUUUCGGCGUCUUCCGAACUAGGUGUGCACACGUACCAAGGAUCAACAGUUGAGUCGUCCUUGUCUCUCGAAAGCUUGGGAGAAACUGUUCCUCUCUCUAAUGUUUCUGAUUCUGCUUCUCCACGAGAUGAUGAGAGUGUAGAUGAUUUCUCAAUUAUCACGACUGAGGAGACUCCAACAAAUUCCGAGCGCAACAACGUAGAGCAGGAAGAACCGUUCCCAGUCAAAUCUGUUACUAAAGUCAGAAAAACCAUUUUGGAUACACGUCAAACUAAAAAAAUCGAGAUCGCAUUUUAUAAAAAGAAAGUGAUUUCACUUCAAACGGAGUGCUUUGUGAAAACUACAGAUACCGUGAUUUUCUCGGAUUCUUUGAGACCAACGAAACAAUACUCGAGUUCUGACGUAAUUGUGAAUAGGAUGGAAAAAGAAAUCUUAGAUAAUGGGAAUGGGCAACUAUCCACCUGCGAUCCAAUUGUCGUAAUAGAAAAAGAUGGUGGUUUUGAUGUGUUGUCCGGAAACAGAAGAGUUCAUGCUUUUAAGAGAGCGUUGUCCAAUAAAAUAUGGGUUUCCAAAAUUGAGGAAGCCGAUCGAACAAAAUUUUUGCUGACGCAGUUUUUUGGAUCGAAAUGUGAUAACGACUCGGACACGUCUAGUUUGUUUAAUAUCGUAUUAAAACUGCUCAUUUACUUGGAGUUACCCCUGAGUACAUUGAAAUCGUGGUCUCCAUGUGAGAGAAACCAAGUAUUCUGUUCUCUUUUUAGUAACCAGACAACAACAAGCUUGAUACUUGAGAUUUCAUCGCACGAGGAACUGAAAGAAGCUGUAGUUCACUUAUUACAAGAAAAAGGAUGGAGGUUGUCAAACAGAGUGUGCAAAGUUAUACUUAUGGUCCAUAGACGAAAUCCAUCGGAGGUUAUCAACACUUUGAAGAAAACGUGGAAUUCAGAAACAGAAUUGAGAGAAAAUCUCAUCUCUAUACAACCAGACGUAAUGUUUCUUCUCGAAGAAAAAAAAAUAGAAUCAUCAAUUGCCAAAUCUCUGGUUCUCCGAUAUGCCGGUGAUGCGCUUUUUUCACAAUUCGUGAGACAUACAGAUCUACGAUACAUCAAACGGUCUCAGGAAAUAUCAGUCAUAAAUAAAUAUGAAGAAUAUAAAAAGAAGUUUGAGAAGUCGAAAGUCGGAACUCCAAUCAAAAUAAUAACGGAAUGCGUCGAUGAAUCCGUUUUUGAUAUUCUGGUCACAAGCAACAAAGAAACAGCGGUCGCUACACUUGACCGGUUUGAUACGGUAUUGGUCCUACUCUUUGGAUCAACUUUGCCGACGACUACAGAGUGUACAAUAGUCUUGCCUGAUUUUCUUGGAGUUGAAGAUGAGUAUGGAACACUCAACAAUCACGUUACAUUGUCACUAUGCAUUAAAGUUGACGGACUCUUAUUGAAUCAACAUGAGGUGACAACUUAUUUAUUGGGACAUGGAGUUUCGAACAGAACAGUAUUCACUCUUUCUCAAUUGAAGCCACUAUCUCAAAAACUGAAAAAGUAUUUUUUCCACUUUGGAGGCAUCGUUCAAGAAGAGUUAUCCCUACUGUUGUUCACAGAACAAGCAGUUUGCAUAUUUGAGAAACAAGAAUCAAAGAAAAAUAUAGAGAGACGAUUGAGAGACCAACGGCAUGCAUCUCAAAUAGACCAGUGA